CAUCUAGAAGCUCCCAGGCCCGUGGCGCAGGCCUCGCAAUACAGCUUCCACAACACGACCACGGCACCGGCCGCUAUAAACCUCCCGUCUAUCCUCCGUCGCAACCUCCAUCCAGCUCGCAUCACCCACCACCACCAUGGCACCACCAAUACCACCCGCGCGACCCGCGCCCUCCGGGCCCUCCUCGAACGACAUGUACACAUUCACGACCUUGCGGCCGCUUCCGCACCUGCCCAACCCGUCCCGGGCGCUGGAAUACCUGGAGCGGAUCCGGUCAGACGCGGGGGUGCGAUCCGUGAUGCGGCGGUACAAGUGGACGGUCCCGGUGCUGGCAGAAAUGGAGCCGAUCGGCAACACGGACACGAACUCGCGGACGCUGGGGCGCAACUACAACCGCGGCGCGCUGAUCGAGGUGCGUCUGCGCACCGAUGCGUACGAUGGAUAUCGCGACUACAAGACCGUGCGGAAGACGAUCGCCCACGAGCUCGCGCAUAACGUCUUCGGCGACCAUGAUAAGGACUUUUGGGAGCUGUGUGGGCGCCUCGAGAAGGAGAUCGAGAGGGAUGAUUGGACUACCGGCGGCAGGGCGCUGAGUAAUCAGACUUUUUAUGAGCCCCCGCCGGAGAGGAGGGUGGAACAGGAUCGUGGGGCGAGCUGGAGUGGCGGCACGCAUACGCUCGGUGGGGGUGGGAGGAAGACUGUGACCCCCACUGCGGCGCCGGCGGGUGGUGCUGAGAGUAGGAGGGAGAUGAUGGCUAAGGCGGCGGAGGUAAGGUUGAAGAAGAUGGCGGCCGCAGGGAAGUAAGAGGAGGAGAGACGUGUGUAGUAAUGAUGGUAUGGGUUACUGGAGUUUUGACAUAUAUU